AUUACAGUGUUAGAGAGGUGGAUUUCUAACGCUGAUAAAAUCGGCAUCAAUACUAGAAAAGGUCGUUGCUGGCAAUUUCCUGACACUGAAUACCUAUGCUGAUAUAAUUAAACAGUUGUCAAGUUUAACUAUCUACCAGCGUGAGAGAUACAGACAAUCAAAAUUCAUCAUUUUAACAUUGGGAGUAAUGGACCUAGCCGAUUUGUUUUUACCCAGCUCCGGUCGUGGCGGCCAUCUUGUGACGUCACACCGACUGUCAGAAUGGAAGCUGACAGUGACAGUGGACCCAUAACAGUUUAGUUAGGUGGUACACUGCACAUCAUUAUCUAGCCAGAAUGCCAGGCGGGUCAGUGAAUGGUCGACCUCUCAGGGAGGACCCGAACUCGUACAGCAGGACUGGAAUUCCAUGUGGUAAUCCCAGACGGUACCAGAGCGGGGCAGUGGUCAAAAUGGGUCCGGACGCCAGCAGACCGCCACUUUCCAAGUACGCCAGACUGGACAUGCCUGCAGAAGAUAUUGAGACUGAGGGAGAGAGGCAACUCAAGAGACUGUUGGAAAAGCAGCUGAAAACUGAUGUCACUUUGGCAGAUCAGAUGCGCCAGAAGAAGGUUUUCUCAGAGGCGACUGUAUUCCGACCAGAGUCUGGAGUGACCAGCGGUCAGUUAAGUCUUGACCAGUACAGGACCAUCACAGAGAGGGAGACAAGGGCCCAGAUAUUGAGACAGUAUGGACUGAGUGAGGAAGAGGUGCUGCUGAAGAUACAGGCUGAUACAGGGACCUUACAGACUGGCUCUAGUAAACUGAGGAUGGCCUCAGAAGUCAGAGAGAAAAAACUGCAAGAAAUAGAGAAGAAAAUUGCCCAGAAAGAGGUUGAGCUUUCAAAACCAGACACAUUUGGGGGCACUGCCCAGCUGUCCCGUCAGGCUAUGGACCUGGAGAAGGCCAUCUCCCAGGACAGUAACAAGGCCAAGCUGACCCAGGUCCUGGUCACUACUAAGAACUGGACCAAGACAGAUUACCCCGCUGACCAUCCCAUGAACAACCUACACUCUCUCAUUAAAGAGGUCAGUCAGGUUAAACCCAGGAUGGAAGGAGGGUAUUCUAGAGUUGAUGAGGGUUUACUAGGGCAAGGAUCAGACGUAAAUACAAAAGAAGCUGAGACAGACUUUGAAUUCUGUGGGCCCCUGACAAAGGAGGAGAUGAAAAAACAAGAAUUACAUUCCAGUAAAUUGGAUCGUGGAGUGUCUGACAAUAUUGUUGUUACCUGUGAUGCAGCAGAGGAGAGCUGCGACAAUAACAAGGUCAAAGGUCAAGGUCAGGAAGUGACAGAUCAAGGUCAAGGUUCAUCUGAUGUUAAAGAUGAAGGACAAGAGACCCAGCAGUCCCUUACCUCAUCGCGUACACUUGAUGUAUAUGUAGAACCAUUGUCAGAAGAACAUAUCAAACAGAACUGCUUAACACUGGAAGAAAUAAGAUCUCUGCCUCGAUUUAACAACUACGAGCCAGGUGAACCCUCACAGACUCUGUAUUUGAAGAACUUGCCCCCGUCUGUGGAGGAGAAGGACCUAGUGGCACUGUUUGUUCGCUUCCAGAAUCCUGCUGGACCUAGAAUUAUCUUCAGACUCUUUAAACACAGGAAGAUGAAAGGACAGGCAUUUGUUACAUUUGACAGUGCUGAAACUGCUGGCCAUGCCUUGUCUGUAGUGAAUGGUUACAAUCUGAAGGGCAAGCCUGUCAUCAUACAGUAUGGGAAGAAAAAAGAUGUCACCUGA